ACCAGGUUUCUUGAGAGCCAAAUCAAUCCACGUAUCUAUGAACUUCCAAUAUAAAUUCAUCCAUUUGAUUUUCAUCAACCACAAUCCGUGAGGAUAUCUUAACACCGAUUUCAAUAAUACAAGUUAAUACCAUACACAUACAAAAUGUGGCUCCUCGAUUGGUUUUGGGAUACUCUUGCGUCCUUGGGACUCUUGAACAAACACGCAAAACUCCUCUUCCUCGGUCUCGAUAAUGCCGGAAAGACUACACUGUUACACAUGUUGAAGAAUGACCGCGUUGCCAUUCUCCAACCUACUCUUCACCCUACAUCUGAGGAACUUGCUAUCGGCAACGUCAAGUUCACAACUUUCGAUUUGGGAGGACAUCAACAGGCUCGUCGUCUCUGGAAGGACUACUUCCCAGAAGUCUCCGGUAUCGUUUUCCUCGUCGACUCCAAAGAUCACGAACGUUUCGUCGAAUCGAAAGCCGAGCUCGAUGCCCUUUUGUCGAUGGAGGACCUUUCCAAAGUACCUUUCCUCAUUCUCGGAAACAAGAUCGAUCAUCCAGAUGCCAUCAGCGAGGACCAAUUAAGACACGAAUUAGGAUUAUAUCAGACUACUGGAAAGGGCAAGGUUCCUCUUGAGGGUAUCAGACCUAUCGAGGUCUUCAUGUGCUCUGUGGUUAUGAGACAAGGUUACGGUGAAGGUAUUAGAUGGUUAUCACAGUAUGUCUAAAUAAUGGUGAGAAGGUUGUUGUGAAGGAGGUAUUCGGAAUGAAGGGGGUGGUUUCUUAUGGAGAUCUGUUAUGAUGGACGGAGUUAUACAAAGGUCGUUUUUCAAUGCUUUUUUGGUAGGUUCUGGGAGCUCAUAAGAGUCUACUUUAGGAACCAAACCAACCAACAUAUUUGUACCAGCAUAGUAUCGCGAUCAAGACUUUUUUAUCUCUCUCAACAUAGCAUUAUGACUUGUGUAUUUGAACUCUAUGAAUUUGCUACCAAUAG